AUGUCUUCUUGCGCCUCUUUGAUUUUCCUUUUCCUUUUCACCUUCUUCCCUAGCUUCAAAGCUUCUGCUAGAGAUCCUAAUGAUUUUUACCAUUAUUGUCCCAAUACGACAACGUAUACAAGUAACAGCACUUACUUCACCAAUCUCAAAAACCUUUUGUCCUCUCUCUCUUCCCCAAACGCCUCAUACUCCACCGGAUUCCAAAACGCUACAGUGGGACAAGCCCCCGACAGGGUCACCGGAUUUUUCCUCUGCCGCGGAGAUCUCUCCCCUGAAGUUUGCCGUAACUGCGUCGCCUUUUCCCUCAACGAUACUUUAACUUUGUGUCGUAAUGCGAAAGAAGCCGUGCGUUAUUACGAUGAGUGCAUGCUCAUAUAUUCUCACAAGAAUAUUCUCUCGACCGUUACAUACGGUGCAGGAUACAUGGGGUUGAACACCAAAAAUAUUUCAUCUAAUCAAGAAGACCGGUUCGAAGACUUGGUGUCGUUGACGAUGAAUCAAGCUGCCCUUGAAGCGGCGAGCAGUUCUAGAAAAUUCUCCAUGAUAAAGACCAACUGGACCGCACUCACGAGUCUGUACGCGCUGGCUCAGUGCACUCCUAAUCUUAGAAAAGUAGACUGUUUGAGCUGUCUGUAUCAAUCCAUCUAUGGAAUGCCUCUUAACAGAGUUGGAGGAAGACUUCUUUGGCCAAGCUGUAGUACGAGGUACGAACUUUACUCAUUCUACAACGAAACCGCCGUUAGAACACUAUCACCAGCACCACCACCAUCACCAUCACAACAAGCACCGCCACCACGUCAACAACCUACCAACGUCUCUACUUCUCCGGUGUCAUCUACUCCACGACAUGGGAAAGGUGGGAAUUCAAACGUAUUAGUAGUAGCCAUCGUUGUGGCUAUUAUAGUUAUUCUUCUGCUUUUAACAGCUGGCUACUGUUUCCUUGCAAAGAGGACAAAGAAGGCUUUUGAUAUUGCCCCAGCUUUUAAUGGAGACGAUAUAACAACCGUAGAGUCGCUGCAACUUGAAUAUAGAACAAUUCAAGCUGCAACAAAUGAUUUUUCAGAGAGUAACAAGAUUGGUCAAGGUGGAUUUGGCGAGGUUUACAAGGGUACACUUUCGGAUGGGACUGAAGUUGCGGUUAAGAGACUGUCAAAAACAUCCGGACAAGGUGACACAGAAUUCAAGAACGAGGUUGUUGUUGUUGCAAAGCUUCAACACAGAAAUCUUGUUAGGCUUCUCGGAUUUUCUCUACAAGGAGAAGAAAGGGUAUUGGUGUACGAGUAUGUUCCCAACAAAAGCCUUGAUUACUUCCUCUCUGACCCUGCCAAGCAAGGUCAACUGGACUGGCAGACUCGACGAUACAAAAUCAUUGAAGGGAUUACUCGGGGGAUUCUAUAUCUUCAUCAAGAUUCACGGCUUACAGUCAUACACCGUGACCUCAAAGCAAGUAACAUUCUCUUGGAUGCUGACAUGAAUCCGAAAAUCACUGAUUUUGGAAUGGCAAGGAUCUUUGGAAUGGACCAAACACAAGAGACCACAAGCAGAAUAGUUGGUACCUACGGAUACAUCUCACCGGAAUAUGCGAUGCAUGGUGAAUUUUCAGUGAAAUCAGAUGUCUAUAGCUUCGGAGUAUUAGUUCUUGAGAUUAUAAGCGGCAAGAAGAAUAGUAGCUUCUACGAGACAGAUGGUGUACAUGAUGACUUGGUCACAUAUGCAUGGAGACUUUGGAGUAACGGUACAGGGUUAGACCUCGUGGAUCCAAUUAUUGUAGAUAAUUGCCAGAGGAAUGAAGUUGUUCGAUGCAUCCAUAUCGGUCUUUUAUGUGUUCAAGAAGAUCCUGUUGAUCGUCCGACCUUUUCAACCAUUAUUGUGAUGCUCACUAGUAAUACUGUGACACUACCAGUGCCUCAGCAACCCGGAUUUUUCGUUCAGAGUAGACCAGAGAGAGACCCGCUUGAUACAACAGAUCAGUCUACUACAACCAAGUCUGUUGCAACUUCUGUUGACGAUUCAUCCAUCACUGAUUUAUAUCCUCGUUGA